CUGCGCGCCAGGCACGGCGUGUCGGUAAUCGAUAAUCCGGAGCAGUCGGUUUAAGGACACGAUGAGCGGGAAGCGCCAGGCCGCCUCGCCGCCCGCGGACGAGCCCGACGCCAAGCAGGCCAAGGGCGACGACGCCGACGCCAAGGCCGGGGCUGACGCAGAGAACGCCGGUGCUGAGGCCGGCGGGGACGAUCCGAUGGAGACGGAGGAGAACGGGCGCGGCGACGCGCCCGCCCGUCGCAGCCUUCGCACGAGGAACCCCGUGCGCAAGGCCGCGACCCGCAACGAGGGAAAGGCCGCCAAGGCGAACGCCACGGAGACCAAGAUCACGCAGGUGACUUACAAGGAGGGCGAGCUGCUGAGCGACCACCUCAAGGCGGACGGUGCCCUGGUGGAGGUCAAAAUUCCUGCGGAGUGCACGGUGAACACCAACCAGCAGGUUCGCUCGCGCCAGCUGUGGGGCACCGACGUGUACACCAGCGACAGCGACGUCGUCGCCGCGCUGAUGCACACCGGGUUUUGGCUCCCCGGCUCGACGUGCCCGCCGCAGCUCCUCGAGCUCGUGGCCACGGCGAGGGCCGUGCCCCCCGCGGAGCAGUACUUGUCCACGUCCAGGAACGGCAUCCGAUCCCGUUCGUGGGGCCGCGUGCUCACCGGCUUCUCGUACAAGGUUGAGGCUUGCAGGGCAAUCACGGUGAACAACCAGACGAUUGAGCUGACGGGCGACCCCGAGCGAAUCAAGCCCUGCGCGCCGACGUUUUUCCCGAACGUCGUGGAGUCCGUGGUCAACACCCGCGCGUCCCAGGCGAACGCCGAGCGCAGGCAGAGGCUCAUCCAGGAGGUGACCAUCCAGUACAACCUGUGCAACGAGCCGUGGCUCAAGUACAGCGUCGCAUCCGUGUGCGACCGGGGUUUCAAGCGUUCCGAGUGGACCAGCGCGCGGCUCAGGAGGGAGACGCUCUACCUCGAGACGCACACCAAACGGUACGAGCUCUCCUACGACGGCCCGGUCUUUGACGAGGAGGAGGAGAACUACGACGAGGUCAACGCCCCGGAGGCUGACGUGUACAGGUGGGGACGGUGCGCGACGCCCAGGGACCUGAGACAAACGGCGGAGCUCGGCGUUCCGCUCCCAAAGGAGGAGCUCGUCGACGUCGUGACCGGCGUCAAAUGGAACGAGAUCGGGUUCGACCUCAACUCCGUCACCAUCAAGGGCGAGGAGUACAAAGUCGUGAGGCUCCAGUGGCUCCCGCGGAUCGAGCCGGGCGGCGAGCUCCACGAGGACGAGUGAGGCUUUAGGGGGUUUAACCGUCGUUUUUGGGGGAUGUUGGGGCUUUCGUCAACUUGAAAAAGAACGCUGAUUGAGGUACACUUC